CUUGGGUAGAAGUUGAUGGUAACCCGGUAGUUUGAACAUGCGACUUCGACUGAAGUUUCUGGACAGGUUUCACACUUACGAGUCGCCUUCGACGGACUCAUUGCUUAGUGAGCUCUUAGAGUCUGCUUCCAGACUUUUUGCUUUGCGGAGAGAUAAUGUUCAAAUCAGUCUGAAUGCAAAGGAUUUCUAUGAUUCAAGCAAUUCUCACCUAAGCCUAUCUCAAAUUGGUGUUGUCAGCGGAGAUAUUAUUUAUGUUCGAUCAUUAGAAAAGUUGGAUGAUAUCAAGCAAUCCUUGGAAGCUGAAUUAGCUGCUCCAAUUUUUAGGCUAGCAAAUGAAUUGAUUUCCUCACAACAGUAUUCAUCUAUUUACUUUCUGGCAAUUCCCCUUUAUGUGUUUGCGAUUGAAAAAGGUUUGAAUAGUGUAGACAGCAUAAACCAAUAUUUUCAAAAACCAUCAUCAAUUAUACGCUUGCCUUUUACUUAUCGAAAAGUAUCUCCUAAAGUGGUCUUUACCAUAUUUCAAAAUGGAAAUAUAAUUAGCAUUGCUGCAAGUGUUCAAGGUCUUCCAAUACGAAAACAACUUCUCCUACAAACAAAGGAUUAUGUGAUAGAUCAAAAUUUAAUAGAUCAGUCUGUUGCAAACAAAUCAAUUCUUUUAUACAGACAAUUACGGCCAUUAGCUGUACGCAUUAAAGAUGAACUCAUUGAACCUGUCUUGUUGGCAUUGCAUUCAGAAUUCAUACUUCCACCGAGAAUUCAUUUAUGUAAUCUUCCAAAUGAAUUAUUUUGUCAAAUAUUGUCUAGUUUACCUUUAAGAGCACUUGGUUCACUUAUGUUCUGUAAUCAUCAACUCUACAAUCGUAUACGUGGUUGUAGUACAAUAUGGCGUAUUCAUCUGGCUAAUAUAGACGCUAAAAAGAAGCUGGUACUUGAUGCAGCUUUGAGUAGACAACAAAGACAGUUGAAACAAUUACAAGAUCAACAGCAGCGAUAUGAACAACAGCAUACUUCAAAUGAUGAAAAUCAAGAGGAUAGGAAUGAAUUCGGUUCUAUUGUGAAUAAGGAAAGUGUUUCAGUCGUUAACGAUAAGGCUUCAUCUACUUCGCCUUCCACUCCGAAUGACUCUGAUUACACAAUCAUUAAUCAACCCAGAGAAUAUGAAGCAUAUGAGCGUUUCUUGGCUCGUCAGAAAUGUCUAUCCAUGCAAAGACGGAAUUGUAGAAUAAGCCGUAAUUUUACAUAGUCUGGCAGGAAGCCGGGAGAAUUGGCGUUAUUCAAGAAGGAGUGACUCUACUGCGAUCAUGUUCUUCACUUCAACCUAAUUUCUUCUUUGAAAAGCAGUUGUGUGUAUACAUAACGCCCUGAGUAGGUAGGUGAGUUGUAUUCACUCCUAUUGCCUGGCAUCAUUCUCUUCAUGCACAUUUCUCUAUAUACACAUAGAUCCUUAUGUGAACAUUCCACUAAUGUUGUACACUCAUGUGUCUGAUGAUAUAAUAAUUCGUUUGCUUCACUUCUCUAUCUCCGUCUUCUGCUGUUUUUCUUUCUUGACGAAAUCUUAGUCGAUUGUUGUCACGUGCAUGUGUGUUGAACUUCUCUUUUUUUCACAAGUGACUCUUAUUCGCCAGAAAUGAUCCACACAAUUACUGCUGCCUCUUCUUUUCUAUUACACCUUGGAGAUGGAAGACAAAGAAGCGGAAUAGAUUCAUUUACUUGUAUGUUAUUUCCAUUGAAUUCAUAUGUGAAUAAAUAUUUGUGAAGUA